AUGGAUGACGGUGACGAAAUGCCCGUCCGUGAAGGAUUGGGGCGAUCGCUUGUCGGCGCAAUAGAUGAUGGUACCAAAACAGUUAGAUUUGUGAUUUAUGAGGCCGAACGCUCUGCAGAGUUAGCUGCGCAUCAGCUGGAUAAAACAGAAGUGCAGCCUCAGGAAGGAUGGUAUGAACAGGACCCGUUGGAAAUACUUCAUCACAUCAAAGUCUGUGCGGAGAGUGCUAUAGACCAGCUUACUGAACUAGGCUAUUCAAAGGACGACAUAGUGACACUAGGCAUAACGAAUCAGAGAGAGACAACAAUAGCAUGGGACAAAUACACUGGCGAGCCUCUACAUCCUGCAAUCGCAUGGAACGAUAUACGCACAGACAGCACAGUAGACGCGAUCCUAGCUAAAGUUCCAGACAGGAAUAAGAAUUAUCUCAAGAAUAUAAGCGGUUUGCCCAUCAGCCCUUAUUUUAGCGCGUUGAAGAUGCGUUGGUUGAAGGAUAAUGUGAAAGCUGUCAGAAGAGCUAGUAGAGACAAAAGGUUACUGUUUGGGACUGUCGACUCGUGGAUCGUAUGGAACUUAACCGGCGGUCCUCACGGUGGUCUUCAUAUCACAGAUGUGACCAACGCUUCAAGAACUCUCUUAAUGAAUCUAGAAACACUAAAUUGGGAUCCUAUGUUGUGUAGACUAUUCGGCAUCCAUCGGGAGUCACUACCUCAAAUAAGAAGCAGCUCAGAAGUAUAUGGUAUAGUGAAGGAUGGAUCAGUAUUAGAUGGAAUAAGAAUAUCUGGAAUUCUAGGCAAUCAGCAAUCAGCUUUAGUCGGUCAGAACUGCCUUCAAGCUGGUCAAGCGAAGAACACUUAUCGCAGCGGUUGUUUCUUACUGUACAACACUGGUACAAGGAGAGUACAAUCAACGCACGGUUUGUUAACAACCGUUGCCUAUAAGUUAGGACCGAAUGCACCAGCAGUUUAUGCCUUGGAAGGUUCAAUAGCGGUUGCCGGUGGAGCAAUGAAAUUCCUCCGAGAUAACCUCAAAUUAAUUAAGGAUGUCGCUCAAGAUACCGAAAAUAUAGCGGGGCAGGUGUUUUCCACUGGUGACGUUUAUUUUGUGCCAGCCCUGAAUGGAUUGUACGCGCCGUAUUGGAGGAAGGAUGCUAGGGGUAUUAUUUGCGGUCUAACGGCGUUCACGACGAAGAAUCACAUCAUUCGAGCCGCUUUAGAAGCUGUUUGCUUUCAGACCAGGGACAUAUUAGAAGCAAUGAAUAAGGAUUGUGGUAUGCCGCUGUCCAAGCUCAACGUUGAUGGCAAGAUGACUUCCAAUGACCUUCUGAUGCAGCUUCAGGCUGAUCUCAUUGGUAUACCUGUCUUGCGUGCGCAUACGUGGGACAUGUCUGCUCUGGGUGUGGCUAUCAUGGCUGGCAACUCAGUCGGCGUGUGGAGCUGCGAAAAGUGGAAACACCAUGCCACGCCCACCGACACUUUCCUGCCAACCACUACUGAUGAUGAUCGCGACGCGAGAUACACAAAAUGGAAAAUGGCCGUUCAACGCUCCCUUGGCUGGGCGACCACGAAGAAAUCCAUCGCUAUGACAGAAGAAAGAUAUAAGCUUUUGGCUUCAAUUCCUGCUACUGUGUUCCUGAUGGGCAGUUUCGCGAUGCUAGCCAUAUCUACAAUGCUCAAAAAUAGGUGA